UGGCGGUAAAAGCAUAUUUUGCGCGCAGCUAUUUUAAUCGAUCGACAGUUUUACUAUUUUUAUGUAAAUAAAAUGCCCGGAACAUUAAUUGAUAGUGUCCUUUCGGGAAAAUUGGAAUGUGAUUUAUUAUAUAGGUGGUUAAGAAAUGAUUCAAUUGAGGCUGCAUCAGAAGACUGUGUUUUACUGUGUUCAAAUAGAGAUGAAUUUGUCGUGUACUUCCUAUCUUAUUUGAGGAAUCAAACUGACAGCAUUUUACAAACAAACAGCAAUGCCUUACCCUUACACCAGCACCAAGGAACUCCGGAUAAAUCUCUCAGCCAGCGAAAACACCACCGAUCCAUUAGUGAUCCCACCUGUGACAAUGACAAAUCUAAUGAUAGCCUUGCAGUCAAAUCUGACCGAAAAACUCAAGAAUCCCCCAUCAGGGAUCGUAAGAAACAGGGACGACGUGUUAAAACAAAGUUGUUCACAGAUGAAAAAAACAAAGAGCACAAUCAAUCUUUAUCUUCCGAUGAAUCAAGAGUCAGCAUUGGAGUUGAAAGACUCAUGUUGUCAAGCACUCCACUGAAAAAUGGUUUUAAAGAGUACCCCCAACCUAUGACAAGCCCAGUAACACCCCAUUCCCGUUCUUUCAACUUUGAAAGAUGUGAUACACCGAGAUUAGUUAAGCACUCAAGAUCUCAAGACAAAAGUGUCAGUUUGGCUGACUAUUUAGUGAACGUUCAACCUAAAAGUUCCAAAAAGAGACGUUCUAAAAAUACCUCCAAUGAUGACAGUGAAACUAAAGUGGAUUUAGACUUGAGUAAUUCAGAAACUUUUCCCGAAAUAGGUGCAAGAAAAUCGAGUUCUCUUAAAUCUGAAAGAAGAAGAAUUAAACCCACUAAUAUAGAUAGGAGCAAAAAAAGUUAUUCAUUAAACAGUUUUACACCAGAAGUUUUUCAGCAACCACCCUUAGGCUUGGAAGAAAAUUUGACUUUUAAACCUAAAUUACAACCGAAAGAAUCAUCCAAUACCUUUGAAGCCGAAAGAAAUAUUCUUAAACAGGAGAGACAUAAAUUAAUGGAAAAAUUUAAUGUUUUAAACACAUCAGCAUCACCAAAAGUGAAUACGCCGCAAAUUAAAAUAACUCAAAAAGAUUCCAUUGAGAAAAACUAUAAUUAUAUAGAAGCUGAUGUCAAUCAAGUUGAGUUAAAAGAUAAGAUUGAUGUCUUAGUUGAAAUAUAUAACAUUUUAUUGAAAAAUAACCUCAUAUUAAGCGUCAAUACAGAAAUAUAUUUUCUUAUAACUAUUGUUUUGUCAAAACAAUUUGAACAGGAUUAUCGACUCUGCAAAUCUCAAAUGCAAGCUAAUAUCAGUGAUAAUAUACUUAAACCUAUACACAAUAGUACAUAUUUUGCAGUAAAAUCAUUAUGGAACAAAAGAGGAAUUUUAGAAGUAAUUUUAGACAAAAAUUCCCUAAAAAUUUUGGGAGAGAAUAAAAAACUGCGAAGCUUCUAUCCAGAAUUAGCAAAGUUUUUGCUUAAUGCAUAUGGACUGAGAUGUGAAGCUGAAUUGAUUUCUGAUAGGUCUAAGAUAGGAUCUGAUAAAAGUUGUUCAAAUGGUAUGGUGUGCUUUAACUUUGAGACUGACAAUGCAGAGAAUUUUCCGUCCAUGCUUAGCUUCCAGAAUUUCAAGAAACAGAGGGACAUGUUUUAUGAGAUUUUCAGAUGGUAUCAAGACAGCCAGUCUACAGGGCUGUCUCGCACUAUUUUAAGAGCUCGCAUCAAGUCCCUUUUAUGUACGGGUACAAGUGCAGCCAACUAUGCACACCUGGCUGCUCUGUUCACUCAGAUGCUGCUGGAUUCCAUGCCACCCAACGAACAGGAGUCGAAGCUGAGUAAACUCCAAAGAAGACUGACCUGCCCAUCUGCAUCCGAAUCGAAUAGACUACCAAAUUUCACGGAUAAAGAAAUGUUUUAUAAGGAAUUCGUAAUGUUUUCGGAGAACGAAAGUUUUAGGGUGCAUUUGCGAGAUGCACUGGCUUCCGAAAUUAUAGCUCUGGAUAACACCCCACUCGGCAAUGAAUCUUCGAACGGAGCAGACAUAUCCAAAGAGUUCCUCCAGAUUUCAAAAAAGCUAGGUCUCCUAUCCAAAUUCCUGGGAUACCUAACCUCGCUGCCGUACGCUCAAAUACCUGUGGACAUUUUACUGAAGACCGGGACAUUGAAUGUGGGCAGUCAGAAAGAGAUAUUUACCGCGCCGAAGGAGAAAGUUCUCGAAAAUAAUAUCGCACUAAGGAAUUAUAGUCAACCGGCCAUAAAUUUAAACGGAAUUCUUACCACAGCCUACGAAAACGGCCAUCUCAGCAUAACCCUUCCAUGGAUAGUCCACUAUGUGUCCAUGCUAGACUAUACAACGUUACGCCUAAAAUACUACCAGAAUCUACUAAAUACACUCCUCUUCAUAUACAGAUUAAAAUUCGAACAUAUCAAGAAAAAUACACUGAUAUACCUCAAAUCUGCAUUAGGAUGGCUCUUCGACCUACCCCAUUUCCCUCAAGAGACGUUCUACGGAAAGACAGAAUGUGCUGUGAUAAAUUUUAAAACCGACAGUGUCGAUAAUAAAAUAAUCGAUACGUACGAUCUAAUCGACGAAUCGAAUUUGUUUGAACUGUGUCCGUAUUUGAAGGAUGUCAAUGUAUUGGUUUCCACAUCGCGAGUGAUUCAUGAUAAAGAUGCGGGUAGUUUUAGACAUAUUACGCCCGUAUGUCUGAGUUUGAAUUCCGAGGAUAGAAUACGGAGUAAAGAGAAGGAGUUGCAGAUUCGUCUAGAAGAAGAGCUGAUAAAAAGUCAGCCAUCUUCAACGCGCAGAGUGCUGGAGUUAGUAACGGAGCGCGUGUCAUCAGGCGCUGUCAAAGAGUUGACGGCGCACGCUUUGGCCGACGCUAGAAGGAAGGCCAGAAAGAAUGCUAUAGAGGUCGUGCACAAUUGUAAGGAUAGGACAACACUUCUACAGUCCUUGCAAGCGAUGUACUCGGAAUGCUUGUCGCGUCUUCGUGUUGACGCCCUCGAGUCCUGCAGGUCGAGCGUCAGGCAACGAGUGUCCACCGCGUUGGCCGCUCUGUUGCCCAACGCCCCACCGCCCCUACAUGCGGUGGCCGCUAGGGCGUGCUACAGCCGGCUGACCAAGUGGACCAACGACCACUGGUCUACUACGGCGGUGUUGUGUAAGAACAUAGAAGAAGAAAUGAACUCGCUUAUAGCGCUGGGGGACAGUGCAACUGUGAGCCCCAACGCGGAGUCAGCCUCCGUUCUGUCCAGUGAGUUCGCCAACAUGCGCAGUCCUGCGCAAACCAUUAUAACGCUUAAGGAACAAAUCUGCCUUUUACUGGACUAUGAGGAAACCCCGGAUCCGUCUGCGAUGUUGGAGUCUUGUGUCAAUUGCUGCCAGCCCAGUAACGUGCUCAGCAGACCGCCUGCACAGAGGGCACUGUUGCAGCUAUCUAUCGACUUCUGCUUAGUUUACUUAAGCAGACAUACGUCCAAAAUAAGCGAAAUCUUGCCCAAGCUUCACAUGAUUUGGGACACAUGCUGUCCGGACCGAAAACGCUAUACCCCUGAGGAUCUGGACCCUCCGGAGAGGAGGCUGGAACUGUCCCCCACGUUCACGAACUUUGAGGACGAACGUGCCCCCACUCCUCAAUCUGAUGAAGAAGGCAAAGGCAUUGAAGUUAAGGCGAUCAAGUUCGUUGAAAUCAAGGAAAUCAAGAUAUCACCAGAGACUCCAUCGAAACCGACGCAGGAACCGGAGUCGAACGGUCUAUUGGAGUUCUUCGAUCGUAUGCUAUGCCCGCGUAACAUUGUCCUACUCAGCGACACCAAAUGCAAAGCUUGUGAAGUUUGGGAGGCGCUGGCAGAUGUGCUUGUGUUCUUAUUGAUGAACGACUAUUUGAGUGAGGACUCUUUGACAGAGCAGUGCUUGGCUGUCUAUAGACAGGAUUGGCCCCAGAACAUACUAGAAAACCUUUCAACCUGUAUGAAGUCAGUGUCUUCAAGAUGGUCGCGAUCAUCGACUGGGAAGUUUACACUAUUUUUAGACUUCCUAGCGGACUAUUGCAACGAUAUGGACUAUGAAUUACUCGAAUGAAUAUAUUUUAAACUAUACGUAAUGAAGGUAGAUUGAAAAAUUUGUUGUAGAGAGAUGUGAGAAUAUUUUAAAAAUGAAAUUUAUAUGAAGCAUUUUGCAAUUUUAGGAACGGAGGUUAUGCUAUGACAUUUGAUAUCUUAACAUGGGUGAAACGCUCUUAAUACAACGUUCGCGUUUGUUGAAUAUUUUUUUUAAUAUGCGGGAGCAGUUUGUUUUCCAAUUCAAGAAAAUUUAAAAAAAGCUGAUUGAACAUAUCUACUUUUCUGUGUGAAAUGUUGUUUAAGCAAUCUUGAUAAUCGUAAAGGACUUAUACAACGUGUAACAGAAUUACGAAAUAAUAUUGAAGGAUGCAUAAGUAUAUUUCAUAAGGAAUCGCCCUGUAAAAAUAUUAAUUCAAAAGAAUCUUUAUUUUUCGACGCGUACCUUGUGAGGCCUUGCGUGUUCAGUUAGGGCUGUAUCUGAUUUCUUUCCGUAAAAAGUAUGGGAGUGGUUUACCUAAAAACUAUUAGGUUUUCGGUCUCACAGGUAAGUCUCAGAGACAGUACAUAAUGUACCUCUAAACCCUGUAAAGUAUUAUUUCGGUUUUAAUUUUAUCCAUGGUCGUAAAAUAAAGUUAAUAAGGGAUAAAACAUAUCAUGUGCCAAAUUCUAUUUAGAUCGACUCAUACCCGAAGUUAUAGUUAAAUCUGAUCCAAAAUCUUUAAAUGACAGAUUGAAUUUAUUAGUGCGUUCCUUAUCCUCCAGAGAAGGGUUAGAAAAAGAUAGUUGUACUAUAUAUUAUAAUCUGUUACAGAAACAUUUUGCUUAAGAUUGAUUAUUCUUUUUUGGCGUUAGUGGUUUAACCGAACACACAAACGGAUAUAAUUUCGCAUUUAUUAUGUAACUUUAGAUCUAUUCAGAAAUUUGCAUGAAGAACUAUCAAAUUGAAUGUACCGUAUCGACUUCAAUCAUAGCAUUGAAAUGUGAGCUUUAUAUCAUGUGACGAAGUGUUGUUUGAAGGGUACGUGGCUGGCGCGCGGUCAUCGCGUGGCCUUGUAUUCGCUUGAGACUGGUACGAAAAGUUACAUCAUUGAAAAGUUAAAUCACAUGACAUAAAGCUCAUAAUCCAAUGCUUUUUUAAUUUUAGUUGAGUCUAAGUUAAAUCAACCAACAAAGACGUGCCGCCAAGAGAU